UCGAAAGCGAAGCACGCGUUUCUUGAUUUAUGUGCGCGAGUUUGAACAGUUCAAGCCCAGAUAUUCAGUUAGACUUGUGUGCGGAGAAGCGGGCCUAAUGAGUCCACAGGCCUGCGUGUUAAUGGCGAAUUAAUGACGGGCGAUUAAAAUGCAAUAGCCACAUGCAUAGCUGCCGUAAUGAGCUGAACCGACCGACCGCUGAAAGUACAGUGAACCAGUGCCAUAAAUUAGAGUGUUGCCUACUUAGCGGCUUUUGGGCUUACGAUCUGUUUGAAGUGUUUGGAGCCCGUUAAAACCUUUUACCCGCCAUCCCGCCUUCGAAACAAAAAUUGUGUAAAACUCAGAUUAAAAACCAGAAAAGAAAAAAAGAAACAUAAAGAGACCCCCGGAAAAAGGAAAGUAAAAGCGAAAACUCUCAGUGAAAAGCGAACCCAAAACAGGGCCAACACUUUCAUUGCUCCCCAGGCAGAGCUUAGCCGAGAGUUGUGCCCGGCUCUAAUUUGACGGAAUCGUUAGUUGACCAGCCAAAUACUCCCCCGUUCUGGCGGAUCGCGUGCCGACUACAAGCGCAAUAACAAUAAACUUGCGGAUAACAACCACAGAUACAGCAGCAAAAUGUCCCUGCCAUCCAGAGCCAAUUUCGGAUUACUCAACUGGCUCAUCGGCUGGCUGCUGCUGCUGUCGAUGGUUUUGCUCAGAGGCUACAGCGCAGCAAUGGCGCCCACGCCGCCCACAACGACAACGACGACCAUCUCGCCCUCGAAUCUGCUGCCCUACUUCGACUUUGAUGUGCCGCGCAACUUGACCGUAACCGUCGGCCAGACCGGAUUCCUCCACUGCCGUGUGGAGCGGCUCGGCGAUAAGGAUGUCUCCUGGAUACGCAAACGUGAUCUGCAUAUCCUCACCGCCGGCGGCACAACCUACACCUCCGAUCAGCGUUUCCAGGUCCUGCGACCCGAUGGCUCCGCCAAUUGGACACUGCAAAUCAAGUAUCCGCAGCCACGUGACUCCGGCGUCUACGAGUGCCAAAUCAACACGGAGCCCAAGAUGUCCCUUUCGUACACUUUCAACGUAGUGGAACUCAAAGCGGAAAUCUUUGGGCCCAGCGAUCUGAUGGUGAAAACCGGCAGCGACAUUAACCUAACCUGUAAAAUUAUGCAAGGACCGCACGAGCUGGGCAACAUAUUCUGGUACAAAGGCAGCGAGAUGCUCGAUGGCAAGAGCGAAAAUGAAAUCGACAGCUCCAUGGCCCGGAUUCGCGUCGAGGAUGAUUGGACUGACGGCCUGACUUCGAGAUUAAAAAUCAAGCGCGCCAUGCCCGGCGAUACUGGCAACUACACCUGUGUGCCGACGGUGGCAAAAACCUCGAGCGUCUAUGUGCACGUAAUUAUUGGCGAACACCCGGCGGCCAUGCAACACAACUCGAGCAGCAACAGCAACAGCUUCUACUGCGGCAUCUGCUGCAUGCUGCUCAGCAUUGUGUCCUGCUGCCUGCAGCACUUUUACGAGGCGGGCUGUAGAUACAUCCAUGCUGCGAAUGCGGUGGCAAAAUCUGCGGCGUUUCGACCCCCGAAGCGAGCAGCGCUAACGAACAGCGAAACAGGAGUUACUGCAGCAGCCGCAGCAGCAACUGCAGCAAAAGCAACAGCAACAGCUGCAGCAUCCACAUCAGCAACGUGCAACAUGUUGAGAGAACGCCCAGCGGCAAUUCGGUGUCUGAGAUGAAGGAAUAAUCAACAUGCACCGAAAAAAUAAAAAGGCAAAGUACACACACACACACACACCAACACACAAAGAUCACAUACAUACACAUAUUCAAGGUGAUUUAAGUUUUCUAUGUAGCGCAUGGGGGGCUCAAAUAUAAGUAUUUACUAACUUCUAAGAUGAAUGCACUUAGUGGAAAGGAAAACAUAUUAACUGAUAAGUGAACGAGUAAUUAACAGUGUUAAGAGGAAAAGCUAAAAACUUGAAAACUGAUAGAAAGUUCGAGGAUAAAACCUAUGCAUUUUCGUGGAAAAUCAUAAUCUAGCUAAAUGUUUUCAGGGUAUUUUUUUUUGUUGUUUAUAAGUCUUUUAAAUUUAUUUUAACCGAUUGACUAAUAGAAGAUGAUUGUGGCUUAUCUAAAAAUUCAACUCAUCUCCUGCCAAAGAAUACCUUAAAAUGUAUAAAGUAUCAUUUGUCUGAUUUUGAAAUUACCUCUGGACCGGCUAAUAACAACUAAUGAUUCGAUUAGUGAAAUGAAUUGAAACAACGAUUGCACACCCAUAGCAAACCCUUCCACACCCUUUCAAUAUGAAAUAAGACUUACUAGCUAUUAAUAUCCUGAACAGUCCGACCCACAAAAAGAAACCCAGUUCUUUGGAAUCAGAAUACCCCACUUCUAUGCAAUCUCUAACUGCCAACGAACAAGCACUUCAGUAGACCAUUGCAUCAAGUUGUUGGAUUCAAAUUUGCUGUAAAUAAUUGCCAUUUGAGAGAAACUAAGUGAAGAGUACUUCGAACUAUUUGUACACAAUGCCGAUUAAGAACAAAAGACGGCUUUUGUGUGUGAGUAGAGCUCGGUUGCAUUGCACAUUUAUCAGUUUUCGAAAUUAGCUAUGGUUAAGUACGAUUAUUGAUGUAUGUAUAGCCAAUAAGCCGAUAAACUACGGGAGCGGAUACUUGAUUUAGACCGUCAGCACUCGAAAGUUAUGGGGAAAACCUUGUUUGUGUCUGACCCAAUUGUGGACAGCGCUCGUUUAAUUGUAUAUAAUUAGUUUUGGCUAGAAACAAGAUACAAAAAAAAAAACAAACAGAAAAACAAAAACCAUUUAUAAAUGAGGGGGAAAUUUGAAAAUAAAUGCAAUUUAUAAUUGUGCUUAUCGAUAUAAUUGAUACGAAUGCGAUGCGAAAGAGCAGGCCCUGUAAAUAAAUUCAUUAGUAGACGAAAUUGUAAUUUUAAUUAACUCUUAAACGAUAUAAACAGAUAAAACCGAUAAAUGCGUUUCGAAUGUUGCGAACCGCCCUAGUUGGUAAGCCGCACACUGAGAAAAAAUUUGGAAAACUAACACGCACAACUAAAUUAAAUAAAACCACUAAAAAUUAAACAUAAAACACUUUGAAUAAUAGCAAAAAGCUAGUUAAAUUUAAUACGGACCCUUGGACCCUAUGCCUGCAUUUUGUAAAUAGAAUGAAUGGAUAUUGCAUUAAUCACAGCAGGCGAUUAACUAAAAAUAAUAAUGUCGGUCCCCGAUCAAAAAACAAUAACGAAAUUCUAGCGAAAAACAAUACGUACGAGUGUAUGUCACAGCAUUGCAGCUACAAGUAUAUACAUAUAUAAACCAGGUACUCUCAAAUCAUUUAUAUGUGUGCGUAUCCAUAGGUACCCUACAUAUGCAUAUACAGAUAGGAUUGUUUAAAGGCGUCAACAAACACACGGACACUGCAGGCGAGAGUUUUGUGAAAUGAAACCGAAUCGAUUCAAUAAAAUUAUAAUUUAGAAAA